UCACUCUUGUUGGUUUGCAGAAAAGCCAAAAAAGGACUUAGAUUAAUUAUGACCAUGUGAAGGGAAGACUAAUUAAAAUUUUCUAAAAGGACCAAUUUCAGUAAAAGGCUAACUACUAGAUAGGGGUAUGUACAGUAAAUUCAGACAAAAUAGGUUUAAGAGAGAAAAAGAGAUUGCUAAGGAGGUACAGGCAAACAAUAAGGAACAAAGUUCUGAAAUCCAUAUUUGGCAGCAGAGUAAUGAACUGAAUAUGAAUAUCCGUGUAAUGCAGAUCUGGGGAUUUUUUCUGACUGUAUUGGGUUGGAUUUUCAUCACUUGCUCUUUGGCAAUGGAGGGCUGGAAGGUGGCUGCUAUUGGUGGCCAGGGUGGCAGCUCUGUCAUCUACAUUACUCAGUAUUGGUCCAGUUUGUGGCGGACCUGCUCCACUGCCUCUAAUGCUGUCUCCAACUGCUAUGAUUUCCCCAUGCUCUGGUCUGUGGAGAAUCAUGUACAGAUUGUGAGGGCAUUACUAAUAGGUGGAAUAUCCAUUGGCAUGCUGGGGUUCAUUCUGAGCCUCGUAGGGAUGGAGUGCACUUACAUAGGGGGCAAAGAGAAAGAGAAGAACAGAGCCAUCUUCAUUGGAAGCCUCUGUCAUACAACCAGUGGUUUGUUAGCUGCAGCAGGAUAUGCAGUCUAUGCUUGCCACAUUACAGCAGAAUUCUUCAACCCUAGUUUUGAAUUAAAGUUUGACCUGGGCACACCAUUGUUCAUUGGAUGGGCUGGAUGUAUGUUUCAGUUCACUGGAGGGAUCUUGUACAUGGUUUCAAUUUAUAAGCUUUGGACUCUGAAUAGAAGGACAAUUGAGGAUAUGGUUCCUGCUGAAGAAGCUGUAGCCCUGCAUUCCAUUCCCACAAAUAUCUUCAACUCCUCUGAGCUUACCACCAGAUCUAAAGAGUCUACUGUGCCUGAGCUCUCCUUAAAGUCAUCUUCCACUGUCUUAUAAGUCCCUCCAUCUUUCUAAAGCUUUGUGUUUUUCAUUUUGAAGAGAUGGAACCCUCUUGGGUCUCAUGGGACUCGAUGUGACUGGAAAAUUCUCAAGCUCUUUCUGAUCUUAUUAAACCAUUCAUUUGCUUAA